GCCCGCCGCCCCGGGCUCGCCGCGCCGCGUCCGCGCGUCCUUAGCCGGGCCACCAAGCGAUGCCCGCUGGGCGCCUGCGAAAGUUUGUCGGCUCCCGCUGAAGGGCAGCGGCGCCCCCGCGUCCCCGCGACCCGCUCCGGCCAGGAGCCUUCACGUAAAUGGGUCCAGUCAUGCCUCCCAGUAAGAAGCCAGAAAGCUCAGGAAUUAGUGUCUCCAGUGGGCUGAGUCAGUGUUACCGGGGCAGCGGUUUCUCCAAGGCCCUUCAGGAAGACGAUGACCUCGACUUUUCUCUGCCUGACAUCCGAUUAGAAGAGGGGGCCAUGGAAGAUGAAGAGCUGACCAACCUGAACUGGCUGCACGAGAGCAAGAACCUGCUGAAGAGCUUCGGGGACUCUGUCCUGCGGAGCGUCAGCCCCGUCCAGGACCUGGACGAUGACACGCCCCCAUCCCCCGCCCACUCGGACAUGCCCUACGAUGCCAGGCAGAACCCCAACUGCAAGCCCCCUUACUCCUUCAGCUGCCUCAUAUUUAUGGCCAUCGAGGACUCUCCAACCAAGCGCCUGCCGGUAAAGGAUAUCUACAACUGGAUCUUGGAACAUUUUCCGUAUUUUGCAAACGCACCUACUGGGUGGAAAAACUCAGUGAGACAUAAUUUGUCCUUGAAUAAGUGUUUUAAGAAAGUGGACAAAGAGAGGAGUCAGAGUAUCGGGAAAGGGUCAUUGUGGUGCAUAGACCCAGAGUAUAGACAAAAUCUAAUUCAGGCUUUGAAAAAGACACCUUAUCACCCACACUCGAAUGUGUUCAAUACACCUCCCGCCUCUCCUCAGGCAUAUCAAAGCACAUCAGGUCCACCCCUCUGGCCGGGCAGCACCUUCUUCAAGAGAAAUGGAGCCCUUCUACAAGAUCCUGACAUUGAUGCUGCCAGUGCCAUGAUGCUUUUGAAUACUCCCCCUGAGAUACAAGCAGGUUUUCCUCCAGGAGUGAUACAAAACGGAACGCGGGUUCUGAGCCGAGGCCUGUUUCCCGGAGUCCGGCCGCUGCCAAUCUCUCCCAUUGGAAUGACAGCAGCCGUGAGGAAUGGCCUCACCAGCUGCCGGAUGCGGACUGAGAGCGAGCCGUCGUGUGGCUCCCCGGUGGUCAGUGGAGACCCCAAGGAGGAUCACAACUACAGCAGUGCCAAGUCCUCCAACGCCAGGAGCACCUCGCCCGCCAGCGACUCUGUCUCCUCCUCCUCGGCCGACGACCACUACGAGUUUGCCACCAAGGGGAGCCAGGAGGGCAGCGAGGGCAGCGAGGGCAGCUUCCAGAGCCACGAGAGCCACAGCGAGGCGGAGGAGGAUGACAGGAAACGCAGCCCGAAGGAGGCCAAGGAUGCUCUGGGGGACAGCGGCUACGCGUCCCAGCACAAGAAGCGCCAGCACCUCGCCAAGGCAAGGAAGGUCCCCAGCGACACGCUGCCCCUCAAAAAGAGACGCACGGAAAAGCCCCCCGAAAGCGAUGACGAGGAGAUGAAAGAGGCGGCGGGGUCGCUCCUGCACUUGGCGGGGAUUCGGUCCUGUUUGAAUAACAUCACCAAUCGGACGGCAAAGGGGCAGAAAGAACAAAAGGAAACCACAAAAAAUUAAAAACAAGUCACUGAUUUGUUUUGAACUUACGGCCAUUUGGUUUCAGCAUGUCAGGAGAUUUCUAAUGAUUUGUGGCAAUAUCAACAAUUUAUUAUUCUUUUUUCUUUUUUUUUUUUUUUGGUUUGGUUUUCUUUCUUUCUUUUUUUUUUUUUAAUUUGCCCCCCUCCUUUGUUUUGGACCCUUAAGAAUUUUAUGUUUAAAGGAGAUUGAAGCCAUAGAACUCAUAUUGACACUCAGCUGUUUUACAAAAGCUUUUCAUUAUCUGAAGACAAAACCGAAAAAGCCAAAAUUACCAUUGCUUCCUCCAGCUUGUCAGAAACCCGUGGCUGAAUCCACAGGGAUGGCAACGAUAAUGCCACGGGGAUACACAUCUGGCGCUUAGAAGGCACGUGUGCAAAGUAACCAUCGAUCAGGCCCAACCUUUAGGUUUAAAAGGUCAGGAUGUGCACCCAGUCGGGUUUGCUGAGUGAAUGCACAUAAGGCAACCGAGGAGAAGGAAGGACCCCUGGUCCCCCUAGGAGCAGACCCAAGCUCGUGGCGCUGGGCAUCAAACUGUGCCAGGAGAACCCUUGGCAUUGCCCCAAGCGUGCGAUGCAGGGAUGGGGAGGCGGUCACCAGUCCUCUGUGCUUCUUAACCGUGAAGCCUAGUAGCAUCUUCCGGGGUGGACACUGGACCAUUCAUGUUCAACAGGUGUCAGUGACUCAUGAGAAGAAACUGGGUCAGUUUUUAGUGAUGUUGCUAAUCAUUGAAUUCUGUUCUACAUUAAAUGAAGAGAAGGUUCCACAAGCCAUAAGCCUGAAGGUUGGUCCUGCACACACGCGCAUGCACACACACACACACCACACACACACACACACACACACACACAGGAGAGAAAAAGAAAAAAACUGAUGCAAAAAACAAGUUAUGUCUUCUUAACUGCCCAAGUGAGAAUCAAGUUCCAAAAAAUUACAGUAGCUGUUAACAAAGGAAAUCAUGGUACAAAUCUUUUUCUGUCUGUCAAAACCAUUUGAUCCAAGUGAAAACAAAACAAAACAAAAAGCUACAGAACCUGCCAUUAGUAUUGUGGUGUAUUUUUAAAAGAUGCAAGGCACAUUGAUGGACAAACUAAAGUAAAACAUGGCAAAAAAGAAAGGAAAACAAAUUCCUAUACUGCCCUCAAAAUGGAGUUUGCAAUUAAUGUCAGUCAAGAUUCAUCUUUGCGAAAAUCAAUGAUUUCCACAUUCAGCCAGUGUAGCCAGCAGAAAUUUCUGAUCCACAAUGCAUGGAAUUCCUUUGAAAAAAGAAAAAAAAAAAGAAAAAAAAAUCACAAAAACACAAACUUUUUUUAUUCAAAAAUAAAGUUCUUGUAAGGUAAACAAUGUAUUUAGCAUGAAGCAUGAAUUAUUUUCAUAUAAAUAUAGAAAAUAGAGAAAAGGCUAUGCCUCUAAUUUUUAAGCCCUUAGGCUUAGAGGUUCUUUUGGUUUUCUUCUUUUUUUCCUUUUAUUUUCCUUCCUUUAAUUUUUUUCGUUGUUUUUUUCCCCCCUUUUUUCCAAUUAUUUUGUUUUUGUUUUUUGAAGCAGGUGUUUAAGGUUUAACCUUCUUCAGGGACAAAUUCUGACUGUUGGGGAGCUUACUCUGCAAUACAAAAUCUCUUCAUGUUCUAGUAGGGCCUGGAUGGUGGAGCUCUGCACUGCCUUGUCUGCACUUCAGCCCCGACCCCCUCUGAUUCUCUGUUGAAAAGUGUGUCCUUUCUCUUUGUCUGUACAUGUUUACCAUGACGCAAUAAUUUGAGGGCAAACUUAGUAGUGAGUGUGUAUGAUAGAAUCAAGAGAAUUAUGGGACGCUGACUUGAGAAAACCAUGACCAUGAUUUGGUUUCGAGGAAAAAGGCAGUGAAUAAUUAUGCAAAUUCACCAGGAGAAGGGGAAACACACUAAUGGGCCUUAUUGGAUGAGGGUGUGAGUUAGGGUACACGUGAAGGAGGAAGUGACACGGGUGUUGGAAGGACCAGCCCCAGAUGUUUUCCCGUGACGCCAUCUCAUGGUGGGAAGGAGGGGCUGGCCGUCUCUACCACCUGGGCACACGAACCAACCUGGAAUGAAGCCCACCUAGAUUGUGAGCGCUGAAUCUAGACAACCAGAUGAUGCCACGCAGACCAGAAACUCCUGUUAUCUUUGCCUAAAAGAAAUGAUUUGGGGAGAUCCAGAGAACCCUCUAAAAGAAUUAGAUCUUCCACCCACAUGGAAGGGAAUUUUAAAACAUGAACAAAAAUGCCCACUCCCAUGGCUCAAGAUAUGAUGGUGAGGGAGAGGGAGAGAACUGGGGUGAUCUUGAUUUUUAAAAUAGGACAGGGUGGGCCAUUGUGGAGCCCAUCUGCCAGAACCAGGCACUGUCAGAAGCUCCAUCAGCCAGGAUGGUGGAAAUUAACUGGUGCAUUAUCUUCCUCUGGGUUGCUGGUGAGAGAACCUGAGGGGGGAAAAAAAAAAGAUCUACACCCCUACACAGGUCAGAUUCAUUACCUGAACCUGAAAACUUGCAGCACACUUGUUCAGGGUGUUGAUGGGAAUAAGGAUGUCUUUUUGAAGUGCUCCGUUCCCUCUGUCUCCCCAAACAUCUGACACCCCAAAAGCCAUCCACAGCUGUGGAACCUGGGCGACACUUUUUGUGUUGUCACCUGACUGAGCCCACCUCAGUCCCCCACGCUCACCCCACCCCCAAGAUCAAAUUCAGACUUCCCUCCUGAAAGACAGAGGUAAACAUCCAGGACUGUUUCUGGCAGGGGAUUUCUUCCACUUCAAACCCCACCGUGGGCUGUCUCCCCUCAUUUCCUUUUUCUAAAGGAGCAAAGGCCUCUUUUAGAAAAUAAUAAAAUGCAAUGUGUGUGAUUUACUUUUCUGAUCUCUUUGAGAAAUAGAUAAAUAUCUUAUAAAAGUGUGUUCUUAACUCCAGAACCACUCUUUUUGCAUAAAUACCUCAUCGGGCAGCUUUCUAAGUGUUAUUUUUCCUGAGUCUCCCUCAGUCCCUACGUAGGAGCCGCUGGGAGACCUAGGGGAAACUUUAGUGAGGGUACUUUUUUCUAUUUUUCUUCUGUUUUUGGAGGCAUACACAUUAUGCAUAACCAAAACAAUGGCUCAAUUGUGUUUAACUUUGUAUUUUGAUUGUUGAGAAAAAAAAAAAGUAUCGAUGUGUAUGUGGCCGUUUGUAGUGAAUUCAUUGCAGAAUGAGGUUGUCCGUGUCCUUGCCAAGCCAAGGGGCAGGAGGCACCCUCUCUCACCCCCUCCUCCAAGAGCAGUAGAGAAUUUAAGCACAAGCCUAUUUGUGAAAGAAUAUUUUGCUCAAGUGUAAUCACUUUAGUCUUGGAAUUUCUUCCCAAAUGUCAGGUGUUCUUUUAGCUUCCAAACUAGCCUAUGUACGCAUUAGUCUGACAACAAUUGCCUGAGCACCGUUCAAGGGGUGUGGUGUUUUUGCUUUCAUUUCUCCUGCCGGGAGAAGUGGCGUUUCACGUGUCAUUCCAGUAUCUCACAUACUCACGUGGGGCAGGGGGGAGGGGAAAAUGGGGAACUAUAGCAAUAUUUGAAGAUGCUUUUGGAAAACAAACGUGAACACAUCCGUCGGCACCAUGACAUCUACAGUUACUUGCUGUUGGUCCUCGGAUACAUUUAAGAGAAAGAGAUCGUAAGCUCUUUUUUCUUAAAUGAUAUACACGUAGACAGUUAUUUUUAUGCUUCUACCGUUGUCUUUUAUCUUUACCUAGUAUUAUGUGGAAAAGGUUUGCAUCAUAGAUUUUCCCCAGCCUUAUGAUAUACCCUAAGCUCCUACUUCCCUUCCCCCUCUCUAAGCAGUAUAUAUACGUUCAAGAGUUCUUUGGUAAAACUGUCUAUCUGAAACUAAAAUGAACCCAACCCACAUCGAGAUGGUGGUGUGAGAAAACCCUGGCCAAGACAACUGUAGCAGGUUUUAGUCUUGGGGCUGAGUUUUUAGAAGGGAUGUGUGGGAGGCUCUUCCUGAGAGCUGAUUUUCAGCGUGUCUAGCCCUUGCUAGGCAUAGCUGUGAAUACCACGGGGCCACUGGAGAAGGCCAUCGCACUGAAAGGUGGUCUCACCCGGGACGGCUUCAGGCUGUGGGCUCUGUAGAGUGAAAACCGUCCAGAUGGCUUUUGUGCCCAACUCAGUCCUGGGACGUGGCAGGACUGCUGGGCAUCGAGCGCUACCAGUUCCUCCUUUCAGUGACCGCCACUCCACGUGUGUGGGCCCUUGGCCUCUGUCAUCAAAGGGCUCUCGGAGGAGGAAUCAGAGUUAUGUACAAGUGACCUACAUGGGAGGGUUUUCCAUAUGGGAUUGGAUUCAACUCAAUGUGACUUCUCUUUCCCUUUUAAACUUGAUUCAGGUUGGGACUCGUUUCUUUCUGGUGGAUCACAGCUGCCCAGAUGUUGCCUUUUUCUUUUUUACGUUUCUGUAGAGUAUUUUUCUUUCAUCUUCAGGAUUUUUUUUUUUUUGCCACCAAAAGAACGCAUUUGAACUCCGUGUCCCCUCUUGAUUGUGACUUAACCAGUGUUGACAGUUAAAUCCUUUGUGUCGUAGGUCCCAGCUCGAAUACUAUAUCAAACACUGUUAUGCACAUAAUGCAGCACUGUGAUCUAAUUUAAAUAAUACUUUUUUAUUAUUUAUACUACUAUAUAUAAUAUACAUCAACACUUUUGCUAUAUAACCUAAGUGAUAACCCUCUUUUUAGUUACCUGCCAAAACUCGGGACUUUGGUUUAUAUCGCAGUUAACACAGUUACAAAGUUGUAAUGGUGUCUUUUUUUUCUUUUCUUUGUAACGGAAUGUGUAAAUCAAAGUAUAUACGUUGUGUGGUGUUCCCCCUUCUGGAAUCCCAUGAGGAUUUACACAUGGCAUUCAGUGUUCUGUAUAGUCCCGCCUGCCUUUGUGAAUUCAUCUGUCAACCCCUCUUCCUUUGAGAGAGAGCCAGUGAUGGAGGUAAACUCCUGUUCUCUCUCUCUCUCCCCUACUGGUUAUUCUUGAAUUAAGCACAGACUCAUCAGCUCCGUUGCUUUAUCAUGAAUAUGGCGUGUGACCUUGCAAUUCUUCCACAGUUCAGCAAACAAGUGCUAGCUUCACUGACCAAAAAUUAAGGAAGGAAAAUCCGAUUUUUAAAAUGAUCCAUCUUUUAACAGCCGAAACCAAUGUGUCUAUGGUGCUGCAUUUUGCUGUCUGUCCUACUUUUGAAAUCAGACUUGGGUGAAAGAUCACUUCUGACUUACUGUGACCAUGCUCACAAGUACCCUUCCUGUUCGUUUUGUUAGUGUUGAAAUCAAGACUAUUUAUUUGGAAUAGAUGCAACAGUGUUUUCCACUGUAUUUCAUUUGCAAAAGUUGAGAAUAGCCUUCCCUACUUUUUGCAAAGAGUUAAUGUUCCAUAUUGGAUUCUCAAAGGCUUCGAUAUGGUGAGUCUAUCAAACCUAGAAAUUGUCUUUCAUCCUUUCAUGACUGUGGCCUGAGUUCCCAACCCCUCCCUUUUUUUUUAGAUGAAACUCGUAGCACAAUUUCAGUUAUUUAAACAUUCAGCAUUUCUUGAGUAUGUAUGUUGAGACAUCGACGCUCACAGCUGAUUCAGUAACCAGUUUCCUGCUGUCAUUCACACUCACUACUUAUACUGCCAUGGUAACAAUGUGGAAGAAACAAGUAUCCGUGUGUGUCUGGGAAGCAUUAUACACUUGUACAUUUUUUUAUACUCUGAUUCUGUAACAUUUCUGAGUUCUGCUUUCGUUUUACAGAAAAAUAAAUAACAGUGAUAAAGCAAUCAGAAGACAAGAGGUUUACUCUCAAUACUUAGGGUCAUGUGACCUCUGGCCAAUAGACCUUGAUGGCCAAAUUCAUUUACUAGAGUAAUAAGGUUUCAAAAGCCAAUUUUUUUCGGUAUUUUUUUUUUUUCUGUAUGAAACUGCCAAUAUCAUGAAUAGAAAGGGAGAACCAUAGAGGAGACAGUGAUGUUCAGUUGCAUUUGUGUUACCUAGAGGAGCAGUGUGGAAGCAGGCACAAUCCGCCGAAGUUUAGGGACCUGAUGGUGUUGCUUUGGAGGCAUCCAUACUUGCAUUUCGCAUUCUUCAUAUGUAAUCAUAUUGCCAAAGACAAACUAUUUCAUCAUUUAUUGUAAAUAACACUUUUCCCCAGACCUACCAUAAAGUUUCUGUGAUGUAUUGUCUUCCAGUUGCAAUAAAAAUUACUGA